GGCUGGCCCCGCCCACACCUGCGGGUCGCGGGUCAGAGACGCUCCCGCUCGCACCUGCGCGCUUACGGAAGAAAAAAAGAGUCUUUUCUCGAACAAGCCAGCUGUGGUCAUCUGCCUGUGCCAGUCGCCCAUCUGGAUCCAGACAUCGUGUAAGCUGACACUGCCAUGGCAGCAGACAGAAGACUCCUGCUGCCCCUUGGAAUACUUGGAUCCAUUUUUGUCAUCAUGUUGUGCCUUUACGGAUGGGAAAAGUUACAGCACAAGGAUGAGGAGAGGAUGCAUCAGGUGCAGGAACAGAGAAAGCAGCAUGUGAAAGAAACCUGCUGUGAUUACAAAGUGGAAUUGUCUGAUGGGAAGCGCAGUAUAGAUGAUAUAAAUGACAGAGACCUGGAGAACCUCCUUGUGGAUGACACUCACGGCAUCAUCUACUGUUUCAUUCCCAAGGUGGCCUGUUCCAACUGGAAGAAGGUGAUGUUUGUGCUGAAGCAGGGCGAGCCGUAUCGUGACCCCAUGUCCAUAGCUGAUGAUCUAAUCGAUCCCACCGACAAGCACCUCACUUUUCUAAAAAGCUUUCCCAGAACAGAGAUGAUGGCAAAGCUGAAGCACUACACCAAGUUCCUGUUUGUCCGGGACCCAUUUGUCCGCAUCAUCUCCGCCUACAGAGACAAACUCCAGAGAACCAAUAAGUACUUCUAUGACAACUUUGGCCGAAACAUUCUUCGUCGCUAUGGCAACCAGUCGGAUCCACCACGUUCAUUGGACGAAGCGUUUGCAUCAGGGUUGAGCCCCUCAUUUCACAACUUUAUUCAAUACCUUGUGGACCCGAAGACAGAGAACAGCGGGCCCUUUGAACCCCACUGGAGGCAGAUGCACCGCCUGUGCCACCCCUGCCACAUACACUAUGAUUUCAUUGGCCAUCAGGAGACUCUUCAAGACGAAGCUGAACAGCUACUGAAGCUCUUAAUGUUGCAGGAUGACAUUAAGUUCCCCUUAGCAUAUGUUAACAUGACUUCCUCUGUUUCUAUGUGGGACUGGUUCAGAACAGUGCCUGUUGAGGACAGGAGGAAACUGUACAAGCUCUAUGAGAGUGACUUCAGGUUGUUUGGCUACAGAAAGCCAGAUGAAUUUCUUGAUGGUUGAGAAGAAGUGGGUUAGGGUUGGGCUUCAUACCGAUGACGCGAGGAGGGUCGUGUCAUAGUUGGGAAUUAUUAUCAGCCAUAUCCAUUUCCCACUGCCUGUCUACAAGGUGUUUGUUUUUCCUUUUUCCUUACCCACCAUAGAAGUUAACUAUUAAAUGAACAAUGAAUUAGUAACCAUGAAUCGCAUCAGAAAAUGUUAAGUAUAAUGACUAUAUUUGUGAGGUUAAGAGUACAAACAAGCUGAGUUGUAUAUUACUGUGCUCUCAUAUGCAGUUCAUCUGCCACAAUUCCCCCUUGACACAGAGAAUGAAUGUAUGUCCAUCUCCUUGCCCCAGGUGGUAGGCAACACUACUUAACUUAUUUAAAAGAGGAUUUUAAAAAUCUUUUUAUGAAAAGCAUAUCUUAUGAAACAUCUCAAACUUAAGUGUAGGGAUUGCAUACAACAACAACAAUAAUAAUAAUAAUAAUGAUAAUAAUAAGGUAUUGAUUCAGCUUUUUGGGGGGGUAUUUUGGGAUAUUUUAUUUUUCUACAAUAUUUGACCACCUUUUUUAAUUUCUACCCUGCAGUCAAACUUUAAGUCAGAAAGCAAAAGCACAUUUGAGAUCCUGAAUGGAAACAUUGUCUGCAGCUGAUUUGGAAAGUGUAGUGAGAUACACUGAGAAAACCGGCAGUCGUGUAAGAAGCACAUAUGCAAAUAUUGCUGAAACGGUGAACGAUUUAGAAAUGAAAUGGGAGGAAUUGAGAGAAAGUGUAAAGUUUGUGGAGAUGAUGAUGCUACAGCCGGAACCUUCAAUAGCCUACCUGUAACCUGUGUGUAAAACCUGUACUUUCUUUAGCUUCAGUUUUAAGUGCUUUGUUUUUUUACAUAUCUUCGCUUUUACACGAUGAAAAUUUGCUGCAGCACAUAAUGGGGAUAUGUUACUAACAAGGAUAACUUGUAUUUUCUUUUAUCCGUGUAUCAUGACUCUUUGUAGUCAUUUCUGGACAUUGUUGUCACUUAUGUAUCUCUGAGGUUUUUACUUGCUGUGGUUUUAUCGUAUUGUUGUUGUUUUUUGUUUUUUUUAGAAUACUGCUCAUCUUUCAUUCCUGAGGAAUACUUUUUCUUCUUUUUCUUUGAACCAAUAAAGGAAAUUUACAUUGAA